CCCGCGGCGCUGCGCGGGGCGCGGGGCCGGGCGGGCACGGCCGGGGUACAGCGGGGCUCAGAGGUGCUGCUGAGCGCGGCCGGCGGCGGUAUUGCUGAAAUCCUAAUGAACCGACCCCACGCGAGAAAUUCACUGGGAAAAGUAUUUGUAAAUGAACUGUUCAGUGUCCUGGAACAGCUCCGGUUCGAUGAGCAGGUGCGAGUGGUGGUGUUCAAGAGCCAGGUGAAAGGAGUGUUUUGUGCAGGAGCAGAUUUAAAGGAACGUGCAAAGAUGGAUGAUGCAGAAGUUGGAGAGUUUGUUAGAAGACUGAGAAAUCUUAUGGAUGAAAUAGCUGCCCUGCCUGUGCCCACGAUCGCUGCAAUCGAUGGCUACGCCUUGGGUGGUGGAUUGGAGCUGGCCCUGGCCUGUGACCUCCGAGUAGCAGCUUCAUCAGCUAAAAUGGGCCUUAUUGAGACCACACGAGGACUUCUGCCUGGAGCGGGUGGAACUCAGCGCCUGCCCAGAUGUGUUGGAAUAGGUCUUGCAAAAGAACUCAUUUUCACUGGCAGACAGGUUGAUGGAGAACAGGCAGCUUCCAUGGGGCUGGUAAAUCAUUCAGUGCCACAGAACAGCGAGGGAGAUGCAGCUUACCAGAGAGCUUUAACUUUGGCUAAAGAAAUCCUGCCCCAGGCACCGUUUGCUGUGAAAAUGGGAAAACUGGCAAUAAACAAAGGAAUAGAGGUUGACAUUGCAUCAGGGAUGGCUAUUGAGGGGAUGUGUUAUGCCCAGAAUAUUCCCACCAGAGACCGUCAGGAAGGGAUGGCUGCCUUCAGGGAGAAGCGACCACCUCGGUUCACCGGCAAAUAACACUUUCUGCUUCCCCUUGAGUCUCUGGAGAUAAAGCAGGACUGAGGAGGAUCCACUGAUUUCUUAUGAUUAUUUUUAUGACACCAUUCUGUGCACUUAACUCCUUGCCUAGGACUGCAUUUCUAACUACUCCACUGGAUCAUUUUUCUGUACAAAUCUCCAAAUAAAGAUUUAACUUUGUACA